AUUUUGGGGCAAACAGGAGAAACAUAACACAAAAGGAUUGCGAUGAGAACCCCAGUCCUAAACCGGAAAGCCUGAAAAACUUCGAGAACAAAAGAAAUAUGGCGGGAUUGUUAGCAUGGGCGGCGGACGUAGUCGGAGGCCACGGCGGCAACAGCAACCAAGACGAUGACUUCAACAAUAUCCCGUUAAUUUUCUCCCCAGAGCAGCAGCAAUACGUGCAAGAAUUGGAUCGAAAGGCUUCCUCUCUCACCCGUCUGAUCCAAGAUCUACGUCUCAGGUUGCCUCCUCCUGACAUCUCCCAACGCCUCCCUCAUCUUCACGCCCACUCCCUCGCAUCCAAUGCCGCCCUUGCUCUCCAACUCAACGCUCACUCUUCUACCCGUGAGCAGGCCCAAUUGCGAGAGGAGACGUUGCAACAAGAAAACACUGCAUAUGAAAAUGCUAUACCAGAUUGUGAUGGUAAAAUACACGAGAAGGUGCAGGAAGCAGAUAUGCUUCGUUCCAAGUUAAAGGAGAUGGAUGAAAUCGAGAAGAAUCUGAGAGCUGAACUAGAAGAUGCUGAGACUAACUUUCAUGCCAGCCAUUCUAGAAAAUUGGCUGACUCUGUGGUUGAAUCCACAAUGAGUGCAGAAGAUGAAUCCAAUGCUGAAGCGUCAAAAAAAUCUGCUAUACUAGACAAGUUAGAGAAGAAGAAAAACGAAUUGAUCUCAAUGGAAGAGACAGUUAAAGAUUUAGAGAAUAAAUGGGAAAGUAUUCAGAGUAAAGCAUCAAAGCAGCUUUCUCCAGCUCAAAGAGAGAAGGCAUUAGAUAAACAACUUCACAGCCUAAUCGAGCAACUAGCUGCAAAGCAGGCACAAGCUGAGGGUCUUAUCGGUGAAAUACAUUCGAAAGAGAAAGAACUAGAGAGGUUGAGCGGUUUGUGGACAAAGCUAGAAAGUAGUAAUGCUGAGGCAACUGCUGCCCGGAAUCGAUUCGGAAGAGGUUCUUCCGAUAGGGGAUCCUCUUCGGAUUUUUCUGUUGAUUAUAAUCCCAAGCUUCCUUAUUACACUGGUGGCCGGAGUGAGAAUCAACAAAGGCUCAUGCUACUCAGAUCGGCUUUCGUGCUCUACAUUUUAGCUUUACACAUCUUGGUCUUCAUCAGGAUUUCAUUUUAAAGAACAUCAUCGGGAUUACUCUAAUCGUUAUCGUAAUGUUUUUCCACAUACAGAAAACGAUGUAUUCUUAUUAUUGUAGUAUAAUACUGUUUUUUACCUGAAAA